AUGGACAGCCUUCCCGACGAAAUACUGACAGGAAUGCUAUUGGUGAUGGAACCAUCGGAGCGACUCGGGAAAGCUCGGGUCUGCCGGAGGAUGGCGCGCCUGGUUUCUUCCUACAGGUUAUUGGAGGAUGUCCGGCUCGUGAUCCGAGGGAAGAACAUGGCGAAAGUCACAUCGGUGGUGUUGAGGAAUCGGCGCUCAUAUAGCAACCUUGCAUUUUUGAAGGCCGAUCUCGACGAAUGCGACUUCGAAUUCUGGGAACGCUUCGGUAGAAACCUUCGCGACCUGCAACUCAUCAAAUGCACAUGGUCGACCCAGAUAUUCUAUUCGAUUAUACGACAGUGCCCGAACCUACAGUCUCUGAUGUUCUUGGAUCGAGGAUUGAAUCAUUUAGAAACCGCUCAAAUAUUCGAGCUUCCGAGGGAGGUCAGCCCCGGGGAACUCCGCGAUGCGUUCCAGAAUGUUCGCCAUCUCUCUCCAAGAGCUAUCAUGUCGAAUGAAACAUUCAACCGUUUGUUGGACGCGAUGCCGAACUUGACGUCAAUUUCCACUUGCGAAUCUGACGAGAAGACCCAUUCGUUGACAAGAGGACCGGAGAACCCGGAUUUGUUUCCCCUAGCGCUCCUGGAUGAUCACCUCAUAAUGGACAUGGCUAAGAAACUCUCAGGACGUCUACGGGAACUCCGAUUGGGAUGCAGCAAAAACCUCACGAGCCGGGCUUAUGCCGCCAUCAGCACCCUGACCAGAUUGAGAGUCCUGACCAUUGAGUCAGUCCGUUCUCUCGACGAUUAUUAUCUGUCACAGAUCAUACGGAGCGCUCCUGAUCUGGAAUAUUUAUCGGUGAAGGUGUUAACGAACCGCGUAUCUGGCUCGAGUCUCUUCUACCUUUCGGAACUCAAGAAACUGCGCCGCCUGUGCCUCGACUGUAGCAACAUACAACCUCAGUCACAGCGUUACCUCGUCAGAAUCCCGAGUCUUCGGAAUCUCAGAUUGAUUGGAUGCAAUUUUGCGCAUACUUUCGAAACCCUGGAGAGCAUUGCAAGCAACGGCAACCUCCGAUCCUUGCGCUUCACUGAUUGCGUCUUCGACCCCGCGUGGUUCGAUGUGAUUAUUGAGAAAGUGAAAGGUUUGGAUGAGCUCCACAUCGAAGGAAUCGACGUACUGACGGAUGCGCAUGUGAGCAAAAUUCUCGCACUGAAAAAACUCCGACACUUGAUCCUGUGGGGACCUCGGGUGGCAGGCCCCGAACAGAGAGCGGUGCCCGAAGAGGAGGUUGCCCAGCUUCUGAGAGACGUUGAGCCUGCUGACACUAGAGACCAAAUAGGCUGCCUGAUUCUCCUCGAGCUCUAUUUUUGCCGCAAAAUUACCGACGUGGGUCUGAUUUCCCUUUUUGGCGGUCAGCCCUUCCUGCAGAAAAUCGCGAUCGUUUCAUGCUCGUCGAUAACAGAUAGGAGUCUGAUAGCGCUGCAGACUUCUUGCCCCGAUCUCGACCAACUUUCGGCUGGACCCUUCGCCGAGGGCGCAACGAGUGGCUUCGCUCUUCACCGACCAUCGGUUCGAGUCUCUAGGCUGUGA